AUGGCACACGAUCGUGAGUUUUUCACUCCGGCCGAUGACGGUCCGGGCGUCGGGAUGAACGGGGUGCAGGUUUCUGGGGGAGGUGUUAAAAUGUGCCGGACGAAAUCGACGAACAUUUCGAAUCCCUCGGUCCGGGAACGGGUGUUUUUCGAAGUGUGCGAAGCAUUGUUUACGGGCGUAUGCGGCUGCGAAGACGUGCUUGCGUCACCCGAUACGGGCGGUUCGCGUCUUUGCGCCCAGAAGCGCCUUGGUCCAAUUUCUGACACUGCGUUUGGCAGCGGCGAGCGGUGCGCCGUCGGUCGCGGAACUCCAACGCAAAACACUGUUCAGACGGCAUCCCCGUGGAGGCCACAGUUACCGCUGCCAAAGGACAUAACGGCUCAUGUGCAGCAGCAGCAAAAGCAACAGGCGAUGGAGAAGGCAACCCCAGCGACACACAAAUCGAAGGACGGCAAGGACAAGAAAUGGUCCCUAGGCAGCUUGUUUCGCAAGAAGAAGAAGGACAUUGAGACGGACUCGAGCUCGGAGGAGGACCGGAAGGCUGGGUUUGUGCCGGUCAAAGGACAGGGCACGCUCAAUGGCAAGCGGAAGAAGCGUUCCAGUCGUAUGGUCGGUGCUGGGUUCGAUCACAUCGUUAUUAGUCCACCGCAACCACAUCAGCAGCACAUUACCGCACACCAUCACUUACAUCCGCAGCAGCAGCAGCAGCAAACGUCCCAGAACCAGUACGGGUUUCGAGAAGGUGACAUUAACUCGAUCGAAAGGUACACCGCCUCGAAUGGAUCGCUUGAUCGGCGUGGAAGGAAGACGGAUCGGUCGAGCAGACACUCGAAGGAGCGCCAGUCGUCGAGCGAUGAAGAAUCGCACCGAUCGUCGUCGAUGUCGCGCUUCCGGAGCGAUGACAGUCUGGGUAACCACAGCGCCGGUUCGCACCGGAAAUCGCGAACCGCACGCACCGAGCGCUACCUGAAGCGCAUGUCACGCGAUGACGGUGGCAGCCCACAGGGAGCAGUUGUACCAGGGCCAGCUGUUAGUCGAUGGCAUACGCAACCCAUUUCGCCCAGCAUGGUACACGGUGGCAGUGUCCAGUCGAUGGACGUCACAUACCGACGACAUGCGCAUCAUUAUCCGCAUCAUCACCAUCAGCACCAGCAGCAGGCGGCAAAUAUGCAUCUACGCAACUCGGCCAGCCUAACCAACGUUCCGCAUCACAUUUACCAGUCGAACUCGCCGAGCUAUGCACACCAGAUGGCCUAUUCGGGAGCACCACAGUCCCAGGGUGGCAACCCGCAGGCGGUAACUUAUGAAAACAGCUUCUACAUACAGAGCAAGGCAAGCUCGAUGCGUGAUGCGAUACGCAGUCCACCACCGAUUCCACCGCGCAAUCCGCAGCGCAGACUCACGAUAGGACAUACGAAUGAGGCACGACCUGUGUCGUAUGCAUUCGACCGAUACCAUCAAGCGCCGGGUACGGGCAAUGUGUGGCAAACCAAUGGGCGGUGCAACAGUGAGGAUCGUCUGUGGGGUCCCAUGCAACCAGUGCAACGUACACCACCCUGUACGGGAUUCCCUAGCACACACACGAUAACGCCACCUCGGGCCACCUCUGUGCAGCCGGCGGAGGUCCAACAGCAACAGCACCGACAGCGUUACAUUUCGCGACAACAACAACCACCGGUUAAUACCAUACAGCCGCCAAGUACACCGCCCUCUAGCGUGGCGUACCACCACCAUCAGCAUCAUCAGCAGCAACAGAACUAUCACGCAACACUUCCAGCAUCACCGCCCCAGCACUCGGUGGAAUAUCGCUACGUUACGGAUGUAACGCCUCGAUCGCGUAAACCAAUCCAGAUACAAGACCGUACGUUCGAACCGUACGAGCCGAAGCUACCCGAACCCGCACCGACGGGAAGUGAAUCUUCACUGGCCUACACCAGCACACCGACACCGACCGGCGGUGGCCGUGUCGGUUCCUCAUCACGUUCGCUGCGUGCCGACAGUUCAGAUUCGGUCGGUGGCGGGUCUCGCACUCCUCAACAGUCUGCCUCUGCGUUUUGGCGUCGGAUCGAGGAGGAACAGCAGAGCGGUUCCCCGGCACGUCGAGGCCGUGCUACGGAACGCCGACCGGGCGUGGCUGGAACGGCCGUUUCAUCACGCUCCGUAUCUACUUCGCGAGCACUGGAAAUAAUGAACCGCCGUAAUCAGGAGCUGACGCGAGAGCUGGACAGCUUGUUGGACGAUAAACAGGCGAAGAAUGUGGACGGUGAGGCGGAAAACAUUGUCAGCGGCAGGUUGUACCUACGGCAGACUGCUGAAAAUGCGUCCAGAGCCAAAUCUAAUGAAAAGCUGUACGAGGUCAAGGUGAAACCUGCAGCACCAGAAACAGGCGGACCAAACAGGUACGAGGAACACGUGGCCAAAACUGUUGCCCAAGGUGCUACAGCACACGGGUCUCACGGGUAUCGGCGUUACGGCGAUGAACACCAGCAGCAACAGCAGCAGCAGCAUCACCAUCAACAACCACCGGCACCACCGAUGCGAACUAUUUCGAAACGAAACUCAUGCUCGGAGGAAGAACUGGCACGCAAGCGCAAAUCGGCGAAUCUCGAGGAGGCGAUCAACGAGCUGGAAGCGAUUUACAAGAGUCUCAAGCUGAGUGAUGAGGAUCUGUUGGAGCGUGCGGAGCGAAGGGAUCUUCCGACACCGACUGGCUUCAGUCAACGGGCGCGUCACUAUCGCUACGAGGCCGACAUCGAUGAGGACCGUGCAAAGGCGGAGCCCGAUUUACAGCUGGAUGAUCUUAGCUACCGCAGCAUUAAGAGGGCGAAUAGCUCUAUCAAAGCGCCAGACACACAGCCUCCGUUCGGUAUUCCGGUUGGUCCGAUUCCACCUUCUCCCAGCACGGACUAUCUGACGGUACAGGCACCGGUGAAGCAUACCAAACCACGCUUCCAACCACAGCGCUCUCCCGAUCUAGUUGCAGAUGAUCUUGCCUUCCGGCAGUUGCGCAAGGACAAAGAUCUGCUGGCCUGCAUUGAUCGCGCCAGCGUUCGUCACCAGCCAACGCAGAGUGGCAAUACGAGCAGCGGCUCGGAUGACUCGCGGCAGAAACGAUCCACCGGUUCGCUGUCCUCCAACAUUUACAGCCAGAUACAGCGCGACGCUGCCAAACCAUCCGGAGGUAAUCUGGAGGACUAUUAUAAAAUUGAGCUGUACGCCAAGAGUCUACGGGAAGCAACCACACCGGGUCGCGAAGUGACUCCAAAACCGAAAGACGUUUCCCCUGCGAAGGAAAAGAUGGUUCCAGCACGGCCGAAGAGUGGAACGACACCGCCGAAAGAAAAUCGGGGUGCGGUAUUUAAUCUGCCGUCAACGCUGAAAUCGAGCUCUUCCAGCAGUCCACCCAAGAGCCCCGGCGUGACGGAGGGAAGCAGCACGGCAUCGACACCUACCCCACGACCCAGAUCGGGAACGGAGCCCGUAAUCGUAGGCGCGAAGCAUAAGGCGGAAUUUGAGGAGAUCCUGAACGCGAUCGCACUGGAGGCACAGUCUACGAGUGAAAAGCUGGGAGCGGACCUGGCAGAGCUUCGUAAGGAAACUCAAUCCGUGUCGAGUGGUACGAGCCCGGAGGUGAAGACGGCAGGAGCUCGCACCAUUUCCAAGACAAUCGCGCCAACAAACAAAGCGUCUGGCGUUGUUGUUGCUACUGCAACACCAGCAAAGUCAGAACUGAGCACUACUCCGAAAGAAAUAGACGAGGUUGCUGAAGCGGCUAAGUACUGCGAGCGAAUGUUGCGAAAUGUUAUUCAAGAGGGGCCUAAGAAGGAGACAACAAAAAUGUCCGUCGCUGCAGUCGAAACGGAUAAACCGAAGAACGUGGAACCGAGUCCAGUUGAGCAUGUUGUUGCGAAAAUAGCUGUUACAACGUCAUGUCCUACGAUUGUGGAACCGUCUGCAUCGAACGAAACGUUGGUACUGGGUGGUCUUAUUCAACAGCUGACACCGACGGGAAGUUUCGAGGCGCUCAGCAAACGUUGCCAAGAACAGCUCAGUGAGCUGGAAGCGGAAGAUGAACAGCGGGAUGAGCGCGUCAAGUCAUCGAUCGAACGCGACUACGAUAAUCUGGUUGAAAGUAUCAAACCGUUCGAGUCGGACACGGAUAAAAAGUCCACCGAGGAAGAGAUCGAUCUCAUCAUGAAGGAGUGCGGAAUCGAGCUGGAAUCCAACGCUGCUCAAAUGGUAGCCGCCAGUGCGCAAACCGAGUUGAGUGAUCGCGUUUCCGAACCGAAAUCCUCCAGCGAGACCGAACCAUUUCCGAAGUCCUCCUCCCAGAGCGUUGGUCCUAAGUCUAUCGCAAGUGAAACACAGCGAGGACAGCGGGGCUCGAGUAGCUCUCCGUCCAGUGAGGGAAGAACGAGACCGUCCCGAUCGCCACCCGUGUCAUCCGUACGGUUGACACCAUCCGACACCGAAUCGCAGUACAACUCGUCCGAAGAGCUCGCCAUGAUCUUCGGCAUCAAGAGCCCAACACCGACAGAAAAUAAACCGUUCGUGAAUAGUGCUAUCCAUGAGUUGGAGAAAAAGCUCUCAUCCGCCACUGCCAAACUAAGCUGCCAACAGCAAUCAGAAUCUAAUUAUCAGCAACAGCAUCAUCAGUUCACUGCAUCGUCGUAUCCACCCAUUCAUCAGCAACAGUAUCAGGGUCAACAGGAGCAGCUACACUACACUACACAUCUUGCGCCGCCCCACUAUCAUCCGCUCGGACCGACUCAACCGUACUACGAGGAACCAUCCCAUCGUAUGCCGGUAGAGGAAAGCAAAUUUUACAUUACAAACAACGCGAAUAGCCUAACGCAGCAACAGGCACCUACGUCCAACGAAUGCUCCGGUCUGCACGCAAUCCUGCAAGUGAUACGUGCCGAACAGCAGCAACAGGAGCAGGAGCAGCAGCAGCAGCAGCAGCAAGAAAAGCAACAGGUUCGAAAGGAGCCAAACGUAUCGAAACAUUGUGAUCUCUACAUCGCUACUGCCACCACAACCUGCAGCCCUCCGAGUAGGGCACCGCCAGUGUCAAACCAAACGACGCUACCACCGGCUUCUUCCAACACUAGCGCACCAAAGUUCAGUGCGGUCAAUUUCCGGCGCGUCCAACGGCAUCCACCGGUGUCAUUCCCGAAGCGACCGCUAGUAACGCAGCGUUCGCUCGGUUCACCCCCAUCGGUAAACGUCGGCUCGAGCUACUCACCGUCCGGUUCGGCAGGCAGCAUCGCGUUUGCCGCGGCGUCGAUAGCAAACGGGCAACAGCAGCAGCCGCAGCAGCAGCAACAGCACCAACCUCCGCGACGUCGCCAUAACGGCUCGCGAAGGCAUGAGGCCUUCGUCAAGACGCGUUCCAAAACGAUAUCGGACUUUUUCGGGCCCGAGUCAACCCCGGUCAGCCGAUUGCUAAACAUAAUAUGUCAAGAGAAGGAAGCGGAAAGGGUAGCAGCGCACAUCAUGAACCAGCAGCAGAGUUCUCGCACGGCGAUCGCGGCCAAAUCGUCCGCGAGCGCCACGUCUAGUCACGGUGCGGCUAGGGCGCAUCCGGUCCGGCCACCGCCCGCCACCAGUAGUCAAUCUGCCACAAUAACCGCUGGGGUGCGUUGGCGUAAGGAAAACAUUGUACCGAGCGUGGGGGCCAACUCUGGCUCGGACACGGGCAGCAGUGGAAGCGCCGGCAUAGCACCGGUGCUGGUCGACCCGGCCUUUGCCGCCAAGGAUAUAGAUAGGAUAGCGAAAUACAAAGCCGAUAGACGUAAAGCCAUUUACUUAAGAAACAAUGUCCACGAGAAUGAAAAUGAAAGACUGGAACCUAGCAAAAGAUCAUCAUCUAGAACACCGAAUACUCUUCCAUCAAGUGCAAUUCUUAGCAAACAGCAGCAGUCAUUGUUACCACCAUCAUCCAAACCGACCACAGUAUCCGGCACCAUCAAACGUCCACAUUCGGCCGGGCUUACAUCCUCCACGAAAGCUACACCAUCCGUUAGUAAUGGAACCGGUGCGGGGCUGGCCAAACCAGUACCCACACGACCGGUAGCAGCAGGUACGCGCGACCGGAAUGCCAGCAGCAACCGAUCCGGGGACGAGAAGCAUGGCAACGUCACGUCUCCCGUACAUUUGGGUGCUAGCACCACAGUCACGAAACAAAUACGAACGACCCGUUCGUCUCGUUUGCGUGCCGCGGCAGCUCACGACAAGGAACGAUCACCAUCUGCGAGCGCUGUCAAAUCUGUGGCCGGAUCGAUGACAUCGUCCACGGGCGGCAUCGCAGGCGAGGAUCAUCCACGAAUCCAGCAACCUCAGCUAGAGCGAUCUCAGCGUGCUGUGUUUCAUCGAACGCCGGCGGCGGGACCAUCCACUAGCCAAGUAACAUCACGAACGGUUGGAACAGCUACGAGAACCACACUAACGAAACAUUCCACCAGCAAUGGACCAUCGGCAGCUGUAACGAGCAGAAGCAGCAAACCAUUGCCAGUUACGGUAGCGAAGAGAGAGCCAGUGGUGAAGAAAAUUCUCCCUACGCCCGCGAAUGCAACAGUAACUGCGGGUGGUGAUGGUGGCAAACGCAUGGUUCCGUCGAUUGCCGUCAACAUGAAACAGAGACUGAAGACCACGACUGAGACAAUUAAGGGCGAGCGUGUGGCGAAAGUGAAAAACGAACCACCUGCAACAAUAACCGCCGCUGCAAAACGAACCAUCCUGGCGAAAACUCCCAACAAUGUUGUUCCCGUGGAACCUCCGGUAGUGGACGUGGUGAAAUCGUUAGUAAACCGCAUGGAGUCCCUAAAUCUGGGGGAUAUGCCAGCGCAAGAGAAACAUUCGCCUACCACUGUAACGCUUCAGCAGGAAGGUUUUUUUGAACGACCGCCACCAGCCAAGAGUGAGGUGCCGGAAACUGAACUAAACACCGCUGACACGCCGCGCAUGCGAACAUCCACAAUGAAACGAUCGCACGCAACACGGCUGCAGGCGAUCACGCUGCCGAAGGACAUUAACGGGCUGAGCCCGGUAAAGGGGGUGCAGCUUGAGACGGCGAAGGAUAAAUCGGCCAAGCGCAAAUCGUUCCUCAAUCGCUCGCAGACAGAAGAACCGGCCGGUGGCGCAAGAUCCACGACGAGUUCCUCAUCCGUGGGACGAUAUCAGCGUCGUAUCAAAAUGCCCCACAGUAGUCCGGACAUGUACUCGUCUAGCAACCGCUCGUCGCCGGUGAAGUCAUCGUCAUCUACCGAGAAAUCUCCAACGAAUUCACCGCGUCCAUCGUGUUCAUCGAAUCGCUCGAGCCCGAAGCAUGGUGUUGUCUCGCCGGAAACGGUCUCGAAAGCCGGUUCCUCGCCUAUACGCAUAUGCUCGCGACUGUCCGGAUAUACGAGCGGUACCUGUACGGUAAACAACAGCCCAUCGCCGUGUUCACAGCCACGAAGUCCUUCACUUUCCUACCACAUGGAGCAAGCGCGUCGGGAACUGGUAGUCUCACCACCGAGAACGAAUCGCUUGUUGAAGAUCGUCACCGAAUCAGCAAGUGUUUCUGACGAAUCGAAGUCUACAGUAAUCAAUCCAUCGUUACCAUUUGACGCUUCAGAAGCAAUUGAUGUGGAACCGAAAGUGGAUGUUGAUGCCGAAGGUGUGUUGUUAGCGGAGCCAGAGGAAGUAGCAGUGGCGCCAAUCGUCCAGGAGGACGUUGACGAAAUAUCGGAGGAACAGUCGUCCUCGAUAGGUCAAUAUUCUAAAUUUAGUCAAAUUUUAAAAUCGCCCACAUUAGAGGUAGCAACAAUUAGUGAUAUGUUGGGUGAUUUAGCAAUCGUUGACCGUAGCAUGGAGGUAGAUUCCCAAGUAAGAAUGGAGGUAGACGAUGAUGAUGCCGAAGAUAUGCAAGUGCCAUUGAUUAUGGAACAACAGGACGAACCAGAGAUCCUUAUCGAGGAUUGCUCAGGGCAGACAGCGGAAGAUGUAGAAGCGGGUCCGUCUGGGCUGUGUGUUGCAACAAAUGGAGCAAAAUACGGCGGCGAAGACGAUGAGGAUGAUGUCGACGAGGAUAGAACUUUCGAGCGCAUUGUAAUAGAGGCGCCUACAAGAGGAUACGUAGCGGUAGUCGAUGUUGGCGAUGAUGAUGAUCAUCAGCAAGAGGAAAUGCGGCCAGCGAAUCGAAUCUUAUUCGACAAUCAGUUUAACGAUGAGUUUGUGGUGAUCGAGAACAGUCCAAAGAGUCAACUGAUCCAAUCGCUCGAUGAAGCAGACAUAAUAGUGCUGCGGGACAACGAUGAUGAGGAAGACUACGGUGAUCGGUUACCAUCGCGUCCGUCGAGUGGUGGUUACCUGGAGAAAAAGAAAAAGCUCGUCAAAAUGAGCUCGGUGGAGCACUUUGAGCGUAAAAGCUUGUCACCGCAGCGCGUGGUCAAAUUGAGUACGUCCUCGUCGUGUAUUUCGCGGGCGAAGAGCAUGGACGAGAGCAGUGCUGUGCUUGGCGGGAGCGGUUCUACCUCGGUUGGGGGAAAUUCCGGCACGUCGGCCAACCAUAUCGUGUCGAUAUUGAAGCGUAAAACCGUCGAGUCGUCGGCGGCCGCCAGUUCAGCUUCGAGCAAUGCGUCGCCGGUAACGUUCUCACCGAGUGUCGUUGAUACACCGAUUCGUUCCAACCGGAAGCAAGGAAUAUUAAAGAAACGCUGCUCGCUGGACGAGAGCCGUUACAGCCGCAGCCAUUCGCCGGAUGAUCGCUCGAUCCUGGUGAAGCACACAAGGCGCAACAGUUUUGAAGAUGGCGCUAGUUCCAACCAGCAACAAGCGCACGGAAUUCUAAAGCAAAAGAGCUACGAAUCGCGGGAGGACGUUUCGGGUACUGGCGCUAGUGGCGGAACCAGUCGCAACUCGUUAGCUAGUUGUUCGGGUAGUGGUGUUGGCAGUGGGCAAGCGAAUGGAAGCAUAUCGCAUGGCAUUUUGAAAAAGAAAAACGACAGCUCUUCGACAUCUACGCCAAGCGAACCACCGAAGCAUGUGUCUAUCUCGCAGGCGGUUAUACUUGCAGCGGCCGAGAUCUGUCAAGAUAUGCUGCUGGUAGAUGAAGAUGAAGCUAGCGCGUACGAUAUCAAACCAAUUUUAAAACCGGACCACCAGGCCCCGGUGACACCGAAACCGAUACUGAAGAAAAAGUACUCCUCCGAGAACGAAGAGAUACGACCGAUUUUGAAGAGUUCGCGCAAGAGCUCUCGGGAGGAGAACUCGGAUUCGGAGGAAAUGAAACGAUCAAUUCUAAAGAUCGAUUCUCCAGCCAAACGAACACGCUGUUACGCCGACCAGCCUGGUACUGGUAGUGUUGAUAUGGUGGGUAGUAUGGGAAGCUCAUGUGAAACUGGCAUCGCUGGGGCUUUGCCGUUGGUACACAGUCGUUCGCUAGAGCACCCGGACUCGGUAGCUGGUGCGGCUAUAGUGCCACAGGUCACAAAUAUCGAAAAACCGAUCAUUUCGGUCGCAGAGCGAAUCCGAAAUAUGGAGAAGUUCCUAUCUGGCGGUAGCGGCGGAAGUAGUCAGUCUUCGUCUGCAAGUUCGUCAGUAACGAAGCAACAAAGCUCCUGCACCUCAGCGAACGCCAUCAGCAGGCGCGAGUCUUUCCGCUACAAAACACAACCGGUCACAUCAACGGAGAUCAACAGUGCACAACAACAACAGCAGCAGCAGCAGCAACAACAGCAGCAUCAACAGGUAUCGUCUUCCGGGUCAUUAUCUCCCGAGUGUGUUGUAGAAGCAAGGGACGUCGGUGAUGAUGUUGUUCGUAGUGAAUCAAAAUCCGUGUCGAAGGAUUUCGCCGAACGCAACCGUGAUGCGCACGUUGCUGAAGAUGAUUGCCUGUUGAACAGUGUGGUGAAGCAGAUUGAAAAUACGACGGGUGCAUCGGCAGAGCCAGUGCCGGAGCGUAGAAUAGCGCCGGAACACAGCUGUUUGCGUAGCUCGCUAGAGUUACUGAUACAGCGGAGCCACUCGGUUGAUCGCAGCGAGCAGAAAUCGUUCCCGUUCACGGCCAGCGUACCGUCCUACGGUGUCGGGUUGGUGGAAGAUCCAAAACCAUCGUCUUCCUCGUUCGAGUUACUCUCCCCAACGCUUGGCACGGCGGAAUCGAAUUCGCACUCCAUCAUUAGUGGAGAGUUCAACCUAGCCUCACUGAGCUCCGACUCGGGCGUACAGUUUGGUGGUGGUCGCGGUGGAACGGAAGAAUUGUCCGGCACGACCGAUUACGUACUGUCGUCCUCGGUGAAAACCAGCGACAGUGAGAAAUCACCUUCGAAGAAAACGAUCGACGACGACGAGGACGAUCUGAACGCGGAUGAAGCGUUGCUCGCCGAGGAACAGCUGUUGGUAGUGCGCGUCGAGGACGAAUCAGACGAAGAACAGCGGCCGGGCAGGGUGAAGGGACGAGGUGUGCUCCUAUCACCUACAUCCUCCUGCUCAUCCACGCACGCAUCCGGUCGUGUGUUGAGACCGUCCAGCAGUAACAGCAGCGCUAGCAGUGAGAGCAGCGGCAGCAAGAAGGGCGAUAUCCUUCGGCCGGGAGGAGGUAAGACUUGUGGCGGCGGUGGACAUCGGUCACCCGGUGGUAGCACAUCGUCCUCGUCACCGGAUAGUGGUAGCAGUAGCGAUUUGAGUGAUCGUGACUCUGCGUCCACGGCGGCAGGACCCGAAACCGACGACCGCACGAUGUUUGGCGGGUGUGUGGGCUUUGGCCGCAACAGUGGCGGCGGUGGCAGCAGUGGAGGUGAGGACGGCACUGACAAGGGAUUACUACGACGAUCCAGCAGUGUCCGGGCGAAGGCUAGCAUGUUUGCCCAGCUGGAAAGCAAGCUGAAGGAGAACGAAAACCCACUGAGCCGGCCGAUCGUUCCCCGUCCAAGGCGAGCUCAAUUCACAACGCAGACGAUCUCGCCAACCGACAUCGAACGAAGCAAUAACGCGAUCAAUAGCGGACUUACCAGUGGCCAAUAUCGUGCAACUGCCGGCAACAUAUCCACGGUCCACCAACCGGCCCACCCAAUCAUGAACACGAUACCAACGAACAACAACAACGUAGUCUCGGACGACUCUGGCGCCGAGUUUGAUCCCUCGACACUGCAAGUAUCGAAGAAGGUCAAACUGUUUUCGGGCGAAUGUGUAACCGUGAAGGGAGAUGAAGCGGGCGACCAGAUGAUGACGGCAAUAGUGAACGGAAACGGCACCACCACCCCGGUCGGAGUGGUACGGCGGAAGAAAACACUACUAAAGGUGCGCACGAUCGGAAAGCUAGUGAUGCCAAAGUUUCUAAACGAUAGCAACAAUAACAUUUCCGUUCAGCAGCAGCAGCAGCAGCAGCAGCAGUACCAGGAGCAGCAAUAUAAAGAAAACGGAUGUACCAAUGGAACUGGGUCGGAGGGCGAAACAGAACUGCAGCAUAUCGUCCCGAAGGUGGAACGGAUACGAAAGAAGUUUAUGAGCUUCUCAUCAACGGCCAAGUAUUUCAACAGUACCGAAAACGGCACCCACAGCCCAUUGCAAGCAGUGAACGGAGAUGAAGCGAGCGAGGGUAGUGAUUCGAAUGUGGAUUCGGGCAAGGAGAACAACUACGACAGUGGGGUGGAAAACAUGAACGGAUCGGGUCGACCGCCGCAAGGCGGUGGCAGCUCGAAUGUGCUAGCGCUCAAGAGGAACUUCCUUAACACGCCAAACCGUGCCAAGUCGCAGCACAAGGAAAAGCUUCCCGUGUUGGAUGUUUCCACCGAGCUGGACGGUGUGGUGACGAAGGGGAAAGUAUCGCGCCUAGCAAACCAGUGGAAUCGGUUGCGCAUGACGCUCGAUGUGUCGUCGAUAUUGAAAGCACCGGGUGCCACCUUCGAUACACCCCCGUCACCAACCGGGCGUGCCGGAAAUGGGCUGCUAGCGGAACGUGAAUGUGAAAGCCUACCGGUUGCUUGCGAAACGGAGCGCUCAUACAUGCUGGAUUCGUCCCUGGAACGAUCCGUCUCGCAGACCAACAAUACGUCACUAUUUUCCCGCAGCUUUACGCGCAAAGCAAAUGGUAGUUCGAAGUUUGCGCUGGUAGAGGAUCGGUUUGCCAAAUACUUUGGCUGCAAGGCGAGUGGGCAAAGUGGAACGGCACCACAAAACACGACAGCCAAAUCGAUGAUAGUGACCAAUGGAUCAAUUCACGAACGCAACAUACCCACCGGCGAAUGUUUAAAUGGAGGUUUCUGCAAGCAACCGCGGCGACGUUCUCAGUCGAUGCCAAAGGAGUCGUUACUACUGGAACAGAGGCUCGAAACAUUGAUCAGCACGAUCGCUGCUGGAGGGAACAGUAACGUUGGCGAAAAAUGGAGUACCACCAUUCAGCCCGUGAACACUGUCGAAGAGUUGGACAUUACCACCGAAGAUCUAUCGCUGGCGGAUACGGAAUUCGAUAAGCUGUUUAUAGAGCAAAUGAGUCCACGCAAACCACCGACAGCGUUCCUGCCACCGAACGCACAGAAGCUUCCGUUCAUGGCGGAGCUGAAGGGUGGCAUACUGAAAUCGAAAUCGGGCUGUGUCGGACUGUUUCCGGCCGAUCUAAACUCGGAGCUGAAAUCGCGCCUCAAAAAGUCCACCCAUUCGGCUGUGAGCAAUCUGAAGAAAUCGACCACCGUUUCCACCAUCGAUGCGACGACACCGGGCAGCUACGGUGCGCCCGGUACGCGUCCGGGAUCGUCUUCCGAGUCGGAGGACGAUGACGACGACGACGAUGGUGUGGCACCGGGGAAAAAUCUUGCCAAAAUGCUGCGCAAUGUGUCCAACACGGCUAACAGUGGCAGCGGCAGUAUGCCACCGUCCUACAUACCGUUGCCGGUACCGUUCCCGCGCUCGUUCACCAGCAACGAAACCGAAUCUCAACCGCUCAACCGGGAGCUACAAUCGAUCAACAAGAAUCCAGCCGUCGCAAGGCGCCGUCGUCAGAACGAGGGGUACAAGCAGCAACAGUUGAUUAAAAGCAAAAGCCAAUCCGAGCUUGCCACCUUCAUACCGGCGUCGGCAAUCAUCUAUCACAACACGGCAAAUGUACCAUCGCCAGGAUUGACGCACGGUGGUAACAGCAGCAACGACAGUAGUAAUGCACCCGCCCUCGGUGGCAUUGCACCACCACCAGCAACACUAGCGACGACGACACCACUCGGCAGCGCACCAUCCUCCUUGCCGGCGACCUACUAUCACGAGCAAAACAACAACCAUCACAGCUUCGGGCACGGUUCCGGCCAGCAGGAGAACGAAGAUUUUCGCUUCCCAGCGUUCGGUGCGUUGCGCCGGUGUUUGACCGAGGAAAUGCGCCCGGACCAGGACGGUGCGAUGGUGAAGAGUGUCUCCAUCGCCGAACGGCUGGCGGCACUGAAGAAAAGCGGUGAGGACGAUUGGCGCAAGCGCGUCUCCAAGAAGGAUGUGCCCGACGAUGUGCGGCGGGAAAACCUUGUCAAUAAUGCACUCAUCGUUGCCAAGUCCCACGAGAGCCCAGUGAAGAACAACUCACCGCGACCGUUCAGUCGGCCGGCGGACCUGGAGGGUGGAAACAUAUCCGACCGGUUGGGUAAGAUCAAAACGUCGUCGGAAAAUUGGAAAAAUCGUAUCGAACUAUCCGAUGCGACCAACUUCACCGUUGCGGGCCGUAUGGCCGCAACGAAAUCACCCAAGCUACCGUUCAUCAAGUCGGACACGAAGCAAUCACCCGCCAUGAAUGUGUUCCGCAGCGUUAAUCCACCGCUGCUCGGGCUCGCGAAAAGUCCCUCGAUGAUGGUGUCCUCGGUGGUCACGUCGUCGACCGUGUACGGCCAACCGCCGCAGCAGCACCAGCCGCCAGCGGCACCAACGUACGGUUCCCGACCUACCAGUGUACCGGCACAACAAUUUUCUAGUCCCUCGCCGGCCAUGUUGCAGCAACAGAGCCACCAGCACCAGCACCGCGUCGUCGAAAGUCUCAUGAAGCGGAGCAUAAGCGUGCCGGGUGUACCGACCGGUGAUCUCAAGACGCAUGCCACCGGCUCGAAGGUGUCCAUUCCGAAGCUGGAUGACGAAAGCUUUGGUUCGUUCUUCGGUAAGGUCACCACACCGAACGGCGCCGGUCCGUUGGGUGCCGGUUACUCCGGUACGCUACUGGCCACCACCGGCACCAUCAGCAGCAGCAGCAGCAUCAGCAGUACGCUGAACAGCAGCACGGCAGAGGUAACGAUCGGCGAUCUCGACACACUCAAGACUACCGGCGAGAAGCUGUCGCACAAGAAGGUGGUCCAGGGCCCGCGGGGUCGGCGUGCCAUGUCGCGAAACCCGCUCAAAACGCUCGCCGCCCGUGACGACCUGCAGACGGAGUACACCGAAAUAAAGACAGGUAUCGCCGACAAGGAGAUGCGAAGACUUAAACUAGAAGCAAUUGCCAAAAGUAGCAAUCUGGCCGUAGAAGCGCUAGCCGGCUUAGCGUCCGUUGAAGAUUUCAAAUCGGUCAGUCUCAAGUCUAGCACGCUGCCGCUGAAUCAGUCGUUUGUCCCGUACAAACCGCUGAUGUUGCUGCAGGUGAAGGGUCGUCGGCAUGCGCAGACGCGCCUGGUCGAGCCGGUGGCCCGCUCGGUGAAUCGGGGCGAUUGCUUCAUCCUCGUCACGGCCGACCGGCUGUACGCCUUUUUCGGCCAGUACGCGAACGUGAUCGAGCGGUCGCGGUGCAAGGAAAUCUGCGAACAGAUCGUGCGCGACAAGGAUCUCGGGUGCGGGGCAACGGCGGUAACGCUGCUGGGCGACGGCGGGAGCAGCGGGGCGGGCAGACAGGCGCGCGAAUUCUGGCAACUGCUCGGGCGCGGCCAGGAAGAUGAGGGAGCGGAAGUGUGCGAUUCGGGGCACGCCGACGAGGACGAGCUGUUCGAGUCGUGCCUGAUCGAGACGAACAUGGUGUACGAGUACGGGGAUGAUGCGCUGGUACCGGUGGAAGAGUACUGGGGUGCGAUACCGAAGAUAGCGAUGUUGGAUCCGCGCAAGGUGCUGGUGUUCGAUUUCGGCUCGGAGCUGUACGUGUGGAGCGGCAAGAAUGCUCCGUCGGAGGGUAAGCGGGCGGCACUGCGGCUGGCGCAGGAGAUGUACGGCGCGGGGUACAGUUACGAGGACUGUCAGCUGAAUCCGCUCAACUUUGCUGAACUGGCCGGCGAUCGGCAGCGGGACGCGAGACGCUUGUCGAAGAUGGGCAACAGUCGACCGGAAUGGGCACUGAUCGCGCGCGUUACCCAGCACAUGGAGACGGUACUGUUCCGCGAGAAGUUCCUCGAUUGGCCGGACGUGACGGUACACUUCCGGGAGGAGUACACGCACGGUGCCGGUGAUGGAACGAGUCCGAUCGGUGCCGACAUUAAGCCGCUGGACGGCAACCAACUGUACCGGGGGAACGAACCCUACCAGGAACCGAACCUGGUGCUGGAGAACUCCAACCUCGGGCGGGGCGAUUUCUACUACGACCACGACUCGAUGCGACACUUCGACGUGCGCACCACCUCCGUGACGCAGUGGGAAAUCGACGAGUACGAGUACAAGGAGAUCGACGGUACGUCGCGUGGGCAUUUUUACGCGGACGAAAGCUACACCGUGCGCUGGAUGUAUCAGAUCAGCGUGACGGUGCGUGAGCUAAGCGGCAAGGUGUCGAACCGUAGCACCGUCGUUGGCCGGGACCGGUGCGCUUACUUCUGCUGGCACGGCAAGGAUGCGUCCGCUAAUGAGAAGGGUGCGGCGGCCCUGCUGACGGUCGAGCUGGACAAGGAGAAGGGUGCGCAGGUGCGGGUAGCCCAGGGCCAAGAGACGGCCGCGUUCGUGCGCCUGUUUGAGGUUAUGUUCAUUCACCGCAGCAAGCGGGUGCCGAAGAACGCCUGGCGUCUGUACAUGAUCACGGGCAACUGUCCGGAGGAGACGAUGUGCACCGAGGUGGAGGGUUGCAGUAUGCGUCAAUUGCGCUCUCGGGCCACAAUGCUGCUGGUGCACGGUGAACGGGGACGCGUGCUGCUCUGGCAGGGCUGUAAAGCACUACCGCACGCCCGGGAAGUGGCCGCCAAUGUGUUGCGUGUCGUGCUCGACCAAAAGUGUCCGGAGCUGUUCGAUGAAACGCUAUCGAACCUAUCGUCCGCCGUGGUCGAUGAAGGUCACGAGACAACCGAAUUUUUCGACGCGGUUGGUGGACAAAAUCGUCACCAUUAUCACAGUUUGCUCGGUUCCGAGCAGGGUUACGACUUUACGCCACGCAUCUUCCAUCUAACGAGCAUCAACAAUGGUAACUUCGAGGCGACGGAACUGCACUGUGCGUUGCGCACGAAAGAUCGCCCGACGGCGUAUCCGUUCCGGCAGGAGGAUCUCUACACCGCCCGCCAGCCGACGAUCUUCCUCAUCGACAAUGGACACGUACUGUGGCUGUGGCAGGGUUGGUGGCCGAAUGGUGACGAGACGGGUAGCGAUAGUGGUAGCGGUGGUGAAACGUACCACAGCAGCUUUGAUAGUAACCGGUCGGGUGAGAACCGGUGGCAGGUGGAGCGACGUGUCGCGAUGGAAACGGCCGUCUCAUACUGGAAGGCAAAGCAGCAGAAGCAGCAGAAUAACGGGCACGACGAGGCGCGUGUGGUCAACGGGAAUGGGGACGAUGCCGCCCGUCUAACCUCAACCACAGUCACGGAUGAGAAUGGGAAUGAUGAGGGUAUCGAUGAGGUUGAUGCGAAACCGUACGCUGCGCCGGUUUCUGCGGUGCAGGAAAAACAGCACCCGGAAGAACUAGUCACCAAUGAUAAUGUGAAUGGAUUCGUCGUAUGGGCCGGUCUGGAACCGCUCGAAUUCAUUGCCAUGUUCCCGGAGUGGACCGAACGGGACGAUGUAGCAGAAAUUAAUGUGCAGGAUGGUCGUAAAUCGACACCGCAACCAAUAUACGACAGUCUGUCGCUGCUGUCCCGCAAGGAGUACCCGUUGGCCGUGCUGCUCGAACGGCCACUGCCGGAAGGUGUCGACCCGACCCGGCUCGAGCUGUACCUGCACGAGCAGGACUAUCCGGAAGCGGUCGGUCUCACCAAAUCCGAGUACGAUCAGCUGCCCGCCUGGAAGCAGACGAAGCUGAAGAAGGAACGUGGUCUAUUCUAGAAGGCGCAACGUUAAUGUCAAUGUCCUCGUCUAAAGCCAUAGAGAAGAACGAACCGAGGGUAGGGCAUAUGUAUGUGUUUGUUUUGAAUAGGAGAUUAGAAAUUUGUUAGGUCAGCGAUGUUCCCAACUUCUAUUUUCCUUCCCGUACAGCCUGUGUAGGGCUGCUGCUGUGUGCUAUGAUAUUAUUACAAUUUGCGCGUGUCGAACCUUUCCCAGCAGGGAGAACAUUUGGAAUUCGUUCAGUUUUUGGGAUUUUCAAGCAGCAAAGCGCAACCACAAAUGAGCAAGCGGUUCAACAAGAUAUAUCAAUCAAGUUUUGUUAGCAUUAGCCACCGUCUGUUCCGUAUUUUUUUUUAUUUAAUUGAUACCCGUUUAAAAUGUAUACCUACGUUUUGUGUGUUUUAUUUUUAUGAGCGCGACAACAAAACAAAAAAAAAAAGUCACAGGUGUGUUGUUGACACGAGAUAGCAAGAGACGUGGCUACUAGUUCAUUUACAGUUGUGUUCGUUUUACUAUUUUCUUUAAUAAUUUAAUAUAUAAAUCGUUUAUCUUAUCCGCCCGUCUAGCAACAAACACGGGCCUGUUUCACUCAUUAUAAAAACGCAAAGCGGCAAAGAAAGACUCGUGACUGUAUUUGGUUGGGUGGUGUAUGCGAAUGGAUAAUUUUGUUUUGUUCUCUCGCUUCUCCCAUUUGCAAUACACUCAACGCGCGUUUUGUCCUUUGUCGCGGUCAUCGCUGUAGAUAUGUUUCUCAUCUCAUUUAUCGUUAGAUUUUGCACCAGCUCUUUAUUUGUUGUUAGGUUUUUGUUUGUGCGUUGUUGCGUUCAACUGCGUUUCACCUGCUAGUUUACCCGUACCACAUGUAAAGUGUUCUGUUGUUGCGGUUUUUGACUCGGUGGUGCUUUUAGUUUGUUGUGCGAGUUGCUAACGACGACCUCCUUACCUUAUUUAUGACACGAAAGCGAAACACGAACCCAUGUUUGUUGUAUAGAGGAACAAGGAUGGAUUUCUUACGGAUAGCCCACGAGGGAAGGAAUCGAUGCAGGGAAACAGGGAAUUACAAUGCAAGUACUUAAUACGAUCACCAAGAAGGUGUCCAAAAAAUGUUAAGGUAGGGUGGAUGGGAUAGAGUUCCUCUUCUCAUCACCCAAGGGUACAUUAAAAUUUGGAAUAGAAUCCGCGCGCAGUAAUCAUAAUCCGUGUAUACUCUUUGUAGUUAACCGACUGCUAAGUAUGGACAGCGUCUUUACUAUAUGUAUUGAUAUUGAUUUGUUUUCCUUUUCCCCACUUUUGCGUUAGAAGCAAGUAUACAACACUGGGAACGAAAAACAAAAACCUUAAAGAAGAUUUCAUUAAUGGGCAAACAGCAAGAAACAGCUAGUAACUGGUGCGUGCGAAUGUGAAUUUUGUAGUGUGUAAUGGAAGGGAAAAAGAGAAGAAGUGUGAAGAAGAUGGAAGAAACCCAACAUAUAUACAAGUACGUUUAUAUAACUUAUACAAAACAAGAAGAAAAAAAGCAUUAAGUAAAACGAUGGUAAACAGAUAGAAACACGCGGUCACAGUCAUAUUACAUGUAAAACACGUAUGUAGAACGAAUACGCUAAAGAAUGAUGUUUGUGUGUUGUGUGUGCGUGUGGAAGCAAGCAGUUAUUUGUUUUAUUUGUGGUCCUUCAAAUACAAAACAAUCGAAAUCAACGCUUGCUCUGAUGCUGAAGGCAACAGCAUAAGGUGCGCCUGUUGUUGGGAGCAACAGAGAGCCGAUACAAACACACAAAGUAGGCGGUGGUAGGAAUGCUAGGAAAGGACAUUCAUAGCUGACUGCGAUUGCAUGUUUGUUUGCGAUUCCCGCUUAACCACGAUCAAAAGGGUCAUGAACACUACGCGUGUGUAAAAUAGAGAACCGUGCUUUUUUGUACUGAUUUUGACCCAUCCCAAAGGUGUACUGUCGUGUACCCAAGCGAGAUUUUGUCAACCACGGACACCACCAACAAAAUCACACAAUUCGCUCGCCCCGUAAAGGAAUAUAAGGAUGUAGCAGUAGCAAGCGGUGUAAUGGAAAUGUGUGGUGCAAUACGCAGCGAAAAUGUAAAGCCAAAUAAAAACAAACAAAAACAUGUGAGAGAAAAGUGU